UCUAUAGAACCUAUUGAACCCUUACAUCACAUAAUAGCGUCUAUGACAUCACAAUGCGGUUGGCAGUAUAUAAAGGAGCUCUGAACUGCCUCCUCUUAUUCUCUUCUAAAUCAGGGUCUUGUUCUGUCUGGAGCCUGAUGCUAUAUAGGACACUAUGAACUUAGAGUGCAGGCUUGAUGCUUCUCUGCCCCUGCUUGAAGCUCCACACAGUGGUGUGAUGGAGCCCACUGUGAUCCUCAUGACUGCUGCAGGGGAGGACCUCAGUGGAGCCGCUGGGGUGAUCCCGCUAGCAGGUGCCCAUACAGGGGCAGGUUUUGGGGAAGUACAGGGGCUGAUUCAGCUCCCUGUUGCACCUGGGGCAAGACCGGGUGCAGCUGAUGGAGGACUCCAGCUGACGGGUGCAGGACUGGGUAGGGUGGUGCCGUUCAUGGAGCCGGCCCAAGGCCCCGGCGUGUUCACAGCCCUGCCUGGGAACCUCCUCCUGCAGCCUGCGCCCCUGGUCCACCACCAGGUGGCACCACCUCCCAAGGGAAAGUGCAAGAGGCGCAAGAAGUCCCCAGCCCCCAAAAGGCGCAGGGACCCCAACAGCUUCCACGAGAAGUACCGCAGGCUCAUGGCCAAGAUGGAGGAGGAGGCCGAGAUGGCGCCCCCUGGGGCCGAGGAAGGGAAGUGCACCCAGCCCUGCGCCGGCUAUGGCGGAGACGCCGGCUACUCUCUCUGUGACCCUGGGGCCCACGAUCAGAACGGCCAGGGGCCUUUCUACGGAGGUUACUAUGACAACGGCGUCUCUGAGGCCGCGGCCACGGACCUGGUGUGUGGAGAUCCGCAGCAGUGGCCGGCUGGUCCAGCGCUGCCCUGCCCAGACACCUGGCUGGCCGUCUCCCCCCCUCCCCUCAUGUCUGGCUGGGUAGCGGUGGAGCCCCCUGGUGGCCUGGAGGCCGCACUGGAGCUGCUGUUCCCAGAUCAGCCGGACCCGGAGACGGAGAGACAGGAGCAGCUCCUGAGCACCUACGCGCCCAUCUCGGACAACGUGGGUCGCCACGGCUACCCGGAGCUGCUCGUUGGGGAGGACAGUAAGUACGGAGGCGACGCGGCGGGACUGGAUGACCUCACCCUGCUGGACUGGGCUUUCCUCACACACAUGUUUCCUGGACACACGCCGCUGGACACUCGGCUCGACACACACACACAGCUGUGGAACCCUGGGAAUGACGGUUCCUACAGCAACGCACUCCAUCACAAUGCAUGGGCGUGUCAUCAGAAUGCUGAUGCUGUCUACGCCACAUCAGCGGCUAGUAUUGGACCAAUCAGGAGUGAGAGCCUGCAGUUGAGGGUGGAUCCAGAUGUGGGCCAUACCAUGUGUGCCGAAGUGGAGGGGUGCAGCACGAAUCAGCUGGAGGGGGGGGGCACAUGGCAUAACAAUCUCAGACACAUCUGGAAACUCAGUGGUCAGUGUGAAGCUGUGUAG